UUUAUCUACGGAUUGCGCGGCCAAAUCAAAGCAAUAUGGCGGCUUGACAUAAUAACUUUUAAUACGGAAUAUAUUAUUUUGAUUAUAACGAAAUAAUCAUUACAGAAUCCAAUUAAAUUUCGAUUUAUAUGAAAGUAUAUGAGAAAGUAUCUUGUGCUAUAUAAAUUUGAUUAUAACAUAUUUGCAAACCAAAUAAAAGUAGAGAUUUUUUUAGUUUAAAACUGGAUGUGCUUCCAAGAUUUAUUUUAUUAAUGGGUACAAAGAUAUCCUUAAUUAAUAAGUUAAAUUAGUAAUGUUAUGUAGUAAGUUUUAGUAUCAAUUAUCAUCUUUCUAUGAAGAAUUAUGUCGUCUACACAAAGCAAAAUGAGAGGUCCUGGAAGACCACCAAAAUCAAAAAACUCUUGUACAUGGUGUGGAGAAACUAAACAACCUUUAAAAUAUGUUCUACCAACACAACAUGGAAAAAAAGAAUUCUGUUCAGAAACUUGUUUAUCUGAAUUUCGUAAAGCUUAUGUACGAGGAGCUUGCGUUCAAUGUGACAAUGUUAUUAGAGGUACACCAGUGAGAUUAGAACAAAAAGAUGGACCUACAAAAGAUUUUUGUUCUUCAUUUUGUUUAAAUAAACAUCAAAAAAAAGAAGGACAAACAGAUAUGAAGAAAACUAAUAGGGACCAAUCAUCACCUGCACCAUCUCUUACACCAUCAGGAUUAAUAAGUGGAAAUAAUAUUCCAUCUACAACUCAAUCAUUUACGAAUACAAAUCAUACAAAUAUAUCUCAUUCUCCAUCAACUUCCACUGGUCCAUUUCAAUAUGAAACUUAUCAAACUUUUGAUUGGGAUCUUUACUUAAAAGAAACAAACAGUCAAGCUGCACCUAUUGAAUGUUUUAAACAGCAUGAAAUUCCACCAACUAAUGAAUUUAAAAUGGGGAUGAAAUUAGAAGCUCUUGAUCCUCGUAAUUUAACAUCAACAUGUAUUGCAACUGUUGUUGGAGUUCUUGGUCCUCGUCUUAGAUUAAGGUUGGAUGGUUCAGAUAAUAAAAAUGAUUUUUGGCGUUUAGUUGACAGUAAUGAAAUUCAUCCAAUCGGUCAUUGUGAAAAAUCGGGUGGUAUGUUGCAACCACCAUUGGGCUUCCGAAUGAAUGCUUCCAGUUGGCCAAUGUUUCUUUUGAAAACAUUGAAUGGUGCAGAAAUGGCACCUGCAAAAGUAUUUAAACGUGAACCAAAAACACCACGUUGUAAUAUGUUUGAAGUUGGACACAAACUGGAAGCUAUAGAUAAAAAAAAUCCUCAACUUAUAUGCACAGCAACUGUUGGUGCAGUUAAAGAUGAUAUGAUUCAUAUUACAUUUGAUGGCUGGAGAGGAGCAUUUGAUUAUUGGUGUCGUUUUGACUCUAGAGAUAUAUUUCCUGCUGGUUGGUGUUUUAAAAGUGGUCAUCCAUUGCAGCCACCUAGACAGAAAUGGCCUAAUAGAUUUAAAUCAAGGACAAGUAAUGUCUUACCAGUAAUGGCAGUAUCUGGUGGAGGUACUAAUGGAGAACCAGCUGUUGCUUUAGUGAGUCCAGCAGGUUCAAGUGCUCCACCACAACCAGCUACAGAACCUGAUACUAGUACAGCUAAUACCAAACCACAUUCUUUAGGGAAUGUUACAAUUUAUGUAAAUCAUAAUUGCACAUGUGGUCCUUAUUUUGAUCCUCGUAAAGUAAAGGCAAUGCCAGCACAAUUUGGUACUGGCCCUAUUUUAAAUGUUACAAGAGAUAUAUUUCAAGCUUUUUUAAUGGCAGCAAUGAGUCCAAGACAAAUGUUGAGUUUAUUAAAACGUGGUGAAGGAGAAACUAUAAGUUUAAUUUUAGAAAGCAAACCUACUUCCGUUAGAUUACCUAUAUUUAUGGAAGAAGAAGAUUUUUACACAUACAUUAGGCGACAACUUGAAGAUCUUUGUGCAUGUGAACAUAUGUUAUUUAGAAGGAAAGAGCCUUGCAACAAAUGUCCAAAUAGUCAACAACCACAAUCUACCAAUAGUGAAGAAGUAGUUAAUACUGCUACUACGACGAAUAAUAGUACUAUUACUGCAGAAAAAAGAAGAUGGUCUCAAAAUCAACAAAAUCUGUCAUCAACUACUCAACAACAAACACAACAAAAUUCUGUACAAAGUAUAAACAAUUCAUCAUUGUCAUCACCAACAGCUGCAAAACAACAACGAAAAUCUGUUCCAGAGCUUGAAGCUGCAACAUCAACUACUCAAUCUGAAAGUUCUAUGAAUCGCACACCUUCUACUGAACCAGCAGAAUGGACUAUUGAAGAUGUAAUUCAUUACAUUGGUGUUACUGAUCCUGCAUUAGGACAACAUGCAGAUUUAUUCAGGAAACAUGAAAUCGACGGAAAAGCUUUGUUACUUUUAAAUUCUGAUAUGAUGAUGAAGUAUAUGGGAUUAAAACUUGGACCAGCACUUAAAAUAUGCAAUUUGGUAAAUCGUAUUAAAGGCAGAAGGCAUAUACUUCUGUGACUUUAUCAAUCUAUGUACAGUGAGUUAAAUUGACAUAUUACUUAAACAGGCUGGUCAAGUUUGUUUUCAUUAUUGAGAACAAAAUAAUAUAUAAGUUGUUAAAAUAAUGUGAAUAUAUUGAGUAUAAUUUU